AUGAAUGUUAGCGUUGGUUUACCAAACAAACAAGAAGAGGCUACAUAUAAAUUCGGAUUAUAUCCGUUAAAAUUAAUUUUCGAGUCACCAUCAAAUAAAGCAACCUUACCCACAAAAAUCGAAGUACCAUUAGUACAAACAAUCGAAACAUCAGAACAACCGAUAAUAACAAAUUCUGAAGAGGGCAUAGAUAUAAAGCUUAAAGUACGUACGUUUGUACGUAAAAGACCUGCGAAAAGAGACAUUAGUACGAGCGAAACUUAUCAAUCACCCUUUAGUUCAACGGAAAUCUCUUCACUCAAGAAUAUAUUAUGUGGGAUGUGUAAAGAACGAUGCAUUAAAGAGAAUACGUUAAAUAAGAUAUUGGAUAUGCCAUCAGAACAUUGGUUAGAAUUAAUGGAUUGUUGGAUGUGUCAUCAAGAAAAUUACAAACAUGCCAAAAUCGGGGAUAUUGUUGCCAAAGAAAAUGUUGGAUUGGUUGGUAAUACCUAUUUUUUAAUGCAUCCUAAUAACCUGAGAGAAAACGUUCUGAGAGUUGAUGAUGAGGAAUCACAGGAAAUCGAUUGGGCAAAAGGAAUGUCAAAGAAGUGGAUCUCAAUGAAUUGCUCAAGAUGCUUGGCUUCCAUCGGAGAAGGCUUAUAUUGUAAAUCUAACGAAGGAUUGAUUUUACUAGCCGUUAGAUUUAGUAAAUAUAUGACCUUAAUUGAAUUAAAAGGUGGUGAGGAUGUUGAUGAUAAAGAGUCAAUUAUACGAAAAUACAAAUUUACAGCGUUUUUUGCAGCGGAUUUUCUUGAAGCGGCAAAAGCCCAUGCAACUUAUAAGUUUAUUAUUAAAGGGAAAAGGUUCAAAAAACCUUAUAUUCUGAUUUGGCUAUUCGGAUGGGAUUCGAAAAUUAUGAUGAAUGCUUUGGAAGGAAGCAACCCCUUUCACCCAUUUUCAAAAAAUGUUGAAGAAGAUUGUAGUAUCAUUGAAAGUAAUUUGAAGAUAUGUGAUGUUAUGAAGAUAUUAUAUGUUGAUUGUACAACUAUUGAACAAGAUGUCACGUCUACAAGGUUAAUGGAACAAUGGCAAAAGGAUAAGACAGUAGAACAUUUUAUGUAUCAAGAUGAUAUUUGUUUAGAAUUAUUGUUGUUGUUGAGGAAGAGUACGAGUUGUUUACCUCUCAGUAAGAGGCAUAUGAAUGAUUUUUUGGUAGGAUUUAUGGAUAUGAAUGGAUGA